GUCGCAUUAGAGACUUUGCUACGUGAUCAACACACACCGUAUACAUAGUGUAUCAAAUGUUGCACUAACAUCACGAAAAUGAAUCGCUUAGUGGAUGUAUCGAUACGAGUAUUUGUGAUUAUAAGCAUUUUGAAAAAUGUGCAAUGCUAUCCGAACGGACCUCCUUGGGCAACAUGUUUGAUGAUGUUCCCUAAGCAUGGUGCCCAACGUCAACUUCAACCGUGUCCUUUCCAGAUCACAGCUAAUACAUCCUCGUAUUCACCCUCAGAUCAAGUGCAACUAUAUGUUUCUGCAAAGUCUGCCGGACAAACAUUCAAAGGGAUCCAGAUUCGAGCACGUCCAAAGUAUGGCGACACCGAGCAAUCAGUUGGUGAAUUCAUAGAAUGGCCAACAAAUAAAAUCAAAUCCUUUGAUUGCUUAGGAGGGAGAAAUAAUAUGAUUGGACACAAGAAUACACUUCCGGUUACGUCACUGGAGCUGAAAUGGGCGGCGCCAAAUAUAUCAGUUGGAAAUAUUGAGAUUGAGAUGACAAUUCUCAAGGAUUUAACAACAUUCUGGAUAAAGGAGACUGUUGAACUGCGAACCAGUGUGCCAAUAAUACCACCGUCAAUUAACAAGCUGUCACCAACAUUUGAGAUAAUUGACUGGUCGGCGUGCGGGGACAGUAAAGGAUGUUUCUUGUAUCCACGAACGUGCUCGGGUCAUGACUGUUAUGCCGCAGUUACAUUUAAGACAACAAAUGACUCGGUGGAGUUUGAAAUGUUUGGUUCCCAGAGAGGCUACGUAUCUGUCGGAUUUUCUGAAGAUGUUCAUAUGGGUGACGAUGAAGCAAUUUUAUGUUCAACAGAUGAGACCAAGCAUCAGAUUCAACGUGGACUGAACCACGAGUUGUUUUAUGAACGUCAACUAAGUCGUGACCUUUAUGAUAUACAAGGGACAUACAAAGAUGGUAGACUAUACUGUAGAUUUAAACGUCCAUUGUCUAUGUUUGUCUACAUCGGAGAGGGCCAUACAUCAACGCGAUAUUUUGACUUUUUGAAGAAUUAUUAUCUUAUGCUUGCAUGGGGCCAGAUUUAUGACGAUACUGCUAUCGCUAAGAAACACACAGAGCUACCUGUUAUAACGGCUACAAAAGUCAGUCUCCAAACUUACAACAUUGUACGAGGAUCAUCAUUACCUAUAAAGAAACAAAUUCACGGUGCUUUAAUGUUAAUAGCAUGGAUGUUGUUAGUGUGUUUAGCGGCAGUCAUUGCAACACAUUUCAAAAACGGCUUUCAUAAUAAAUCCAUUUGGGGAAGCAAAUUAUGGUUUCAGAUUCAUAGAUCAUUGGCGGUAGUCACGUGGUUGUUAACAGCAGCAAGCUUCAUCCUAAUCUUCGUGGAGGUCGGUCAGAUGACAGAGUUUGCUGUUAUACACAGCUACCUAGGUAUUACAGUGAUGUCUGCAUCAACUCUACAAGUCAUUGUUGGUAUACUUCGACCAAAACCUACCUCUAAAUUCAGAAAUAGUUUCAACUGGGGUCACUGGUUUUUAGGAAAAAGCACGAUAAUAGUAGCAGUCGUGACAUUUUUCUUUGCCUUUAACAUUGAUAUGAUACCCAGUCCACAGAAACGGUUCGCAAAUAUUGUCCUCGGAGUUUUCGUUGGUUUGCAAGUAUCUUGGGAGAUAUGGUUUGGAAUGCAGCAGAAAUGUCAUCGAAAAAGAUCUUCAGAUAAUUACAAAUUAAGUGAAGUAUCAAAGGAACAACCUAGAAACGGCAAGGUGUUACCAGAUGAAACUGACAGUGUAUCAAAUCCGUCAUAUAUAUCACUCUUCUUGUACAUCGCUAGCAUGCUUGCAAUAUUAGCAGCCGCGUUAGCAUCUAUUUUUAUAUUCUAAUAUUAUUAGUGCACUUUAUUACAGUUAUAUCAACAGCACGAUAUUUUACACUCUUUGUGCCAAUAGAAAAUAUGAGCAACGUUCGAAAUAAUACAAUUCUCUUAGACUCUUUGUUCCGAAAGUAAACAUGAUCACUUUUAGCAAUGACACAAUAUACCAUAUGUUCCGGAAGUGAACUUUGUGACCAAUUAAAAAUGGCAAAAUACAUUCUUUGUUCUGUAAGUAAACAUAUCAUCGUUAGCAAUGACACAAUAUACUUUUAUUCCGUAUGUGAAAUAAAUGACACAAUAUUCUAUAUGUAAAUGAUUGGAGCUAAUUGUCAGCAUUCAAUAUGGUCUCAAUAAAGAUUCCAAACACCUCUCAGCAGCGAUUUACCUUAAAUUUAUACUGAAAGUGUUUGAAGAUACAACAUCGGUAGCACCAGCUGCUCCCAUCUGUAUAUUUCUCUUGUACACCUUGAGAAAAGAAUCAAAAUUCAAAUAUAAAUACAAUGUCUAUAGUAUUGUUCGACAA